UUAUAAUUUGCCUCAAGUCACCAAAGUCACACCCCUUCAAAGUUACUGAAUCCUAUUCCCAAAAUAGUCUCUACUACUGCCAUGUCUACGGUUGUUUUCCCUCUCAUUGUCAACACUUCCACAACUCCCUCCCAAUUCACCUUCCAUCCUAACUCAAUUUCAAACCCUAAUUUCACUUCUCUCAAUCUCAAUUUCAACAAACCCUUAUCAUCACGUUCCACCCCUUCCCUUCGCGCAACCAUGAAAUUCCACAAGAUGCCCAAGUUGACAAUUUCGGAGUCAAAGCUGCUCUUUCCAUCUUAAGAUUCUACAAAAUGUAUCAUCGUUAUGUCUUGAUAUGUAGGGGAAAUUUCGCCAAUCUUGCCGAGGAGCUGUCGAUACGUUCCAACUUGCAGUGAGUAUUCCAUGGAGGCAUAUAAGAGGUGGGUCUGGAUUUGAUCCUCCAAGAUGGUUUGGUGAGAUUAGACAAGGGGAAGAACUUGACGAUUGAUUAAUUUCUAGUGGCAUAUUUUGAAUCGAUCUUAACACAUCAGAUAAAUUAGAUCAGGGAGAAUGAUAGCGGAGGUUGGACUAUUAUUGACGAUGAUCAAAUUAAAUGUCUUUAUAUUUGUACUGCAAAAGAAAAUACGGUAUGAAACAGUGAACUUCUCUGUUCAUCUUUCAAUAUCCUAUGCUUGUAUUCAACAACCACCUUUUUCAGUCCAUUAUGGGAGUUCAUCUACCUAAGAAAUAUGUCUUAUAUUGGCCACGCGAAUUAUACUGAGACACAUAAUUGGUUUAGAGUGCCUCAUAUUAUAGGAAUAUUAAAAAUGCUAUGUUUUUAUCACUUUUUUAUUGUGUGAAAUCCCACAUUGGCCCCGCUAAAUAAACUGGGCCUGCAUUGCGCUAACAUGAAAUUUUAGUUUUCACCCAAUAAUUGAUUGUGUUGAGAAAGUAUCAACAAGGGCGUUACUAGCAUUUCUCUUUACUCACACUACUAGCAAUUAAGAUUUGAUAGGUUGUGCUUGAAAGAAACGUGAGAAUGAGUACUUCUUAGUACCGGUUAAUUACUUGUUGUUCUUUUUGCUUCCAAUUCUACUUUAAGUUCCACAAAUUCUCCGUGAAAUGGCAACCACCACUUCUUAGACUCUAAUUCUGUAGGUCAAUCUGGUGGUCUUAUCACUUUGUGGAAGGAGGGAAGUUUUGAUAUGAUUUUCAGGUUCAAAGGAGAAGAUAUCUUUUUAGCAAAUCUUACUAAAUACCAUAUUACUGAAAUAUACAACAACAAAUCUUCUUGGAAUCACGCUCAGAUUUACUCACGAACGCUGGCUUACAAACUGAGUGGCAAAAGGUCUUUGGAAUAUGGUUUUGGCUUGGCUGGGAAUUCAUGGCAGCUGGGAGGGAGAAUCAAUGGAGACGUGUUUCAACUCUUUCAUUUUGGAAUUUUAGUGAACAUGAAUUACCUUAUUCUCUUGAUGUUAGCUACUGUAGAUUGGUGAAAGAUCUCGAAGAUUGUUCCUAAUAGCUACUCCUACUUGAGAUGAGCAUUCACUGAAACUGCUGAAAAUAAGUAACAAACUUAACUGCUUUCAUUAAUCAAAUAUGAAGUGAUACAAGGAGGAAUCUCAUCAAACAUACAACGUUGAGUCCAAGAAUUGGCCGCCUUAGCUAAGAUGGGGAGUUUCUUGCUUGACUUGGCGAAAUCAUAUGUGGAGCAAUUGAUAAAUAAGGUGAUUGCAGAAUCAAGAUAUAUUUGUUGCUUCACAUGCAUUGCUAAGGAUUUCGAAGAAGAAAAAGUUAGAUUGGAAGUAGAAAGGGAAACUUUUGAGCGACACAUUGAAGAGGCAACAAGAAGAGGGGAAGUUAUUCUACCCGAUGCUCGUGCUUGGAAAGAGGAAGUUGAUCAGCUCAUUCAAGAAGAUACCAAAAAAAGACAAAAAUGUUUUUUUGAAUCCUGUCCUCAUUGCUUAUGGAGAUAUACUAGAGGAAAAUUUCUGGCAAAUAAGAAGGAGCAAAUUAAAGAAUUGAUGGUAAAAAGAAAGGGACUUACAAUUGGACUCCCUGCUCAUCUUCCUGAUAUUGAACGAUUUACGACCCAACACUAUGUGCAUCUUAAAAGCAGAGAAACUCAAUACAGAAAGCUUUUGGUCGAACUCAAAGAUGACAACAAUUAUAUGAUUGGGUUGCAUGGAAUGGGAGGCACGGGGAAAACUACAUUGAUCAAGAAAGUGGGUAAGGAACUUAAGGAAUCAAAACAAUUUACUCUGGUCAUUUUUACGACUGUGUCAUCGUCUCCCAAUAUUAAAAAGAUUCAAGAUGAUAUUGCCAAGCCUUUGGGAUUGAAAUUUGAUAACUAUAAUGAUACAGAUCGAACUGAAAAACUAUGGAACAGAUUAACCAAUGGUGAGAAGAUUCUUCUAAUAUUGGAUGACGUGUGGGACAAAGUAAAUUUUGAAGAAAUUGGAAUUCCGUUUAGUGACAAUCACAAAGGUUGUAGGAUUGUUGUAACCACACGCAGUCAGUUGGUGUGCCACAAUUUAGGGUGCAAUAAGAUAAUCCAACUAGAUCUCAUAUCUAAUGAAGAUGCAUGGAUCAUGUUCAAAAAGUUUGCUAAUCUAUGUGAAACCACCUCAACAAACUUUUUUCUUGACAGGGGCCGUAAAAUUGCAAAUGAAUGCAAAAACCUACCUAUUGCAAUUGCUGUUAUCGCUAGUAGUUUGAAGGGAAAAAAACUUCAGCAACAUCGUGAGGAAUGGGACAUGGCCUUAAAAUUCUUAAAAAAAGACAUCUCAAGGCACAAGGAUCGUGAUGAUGUUCUUGAAAUUUAUAAAUGCUUGAAAUUUAGCUAUGAUAAGUUGGAUGAAGAGACCAAGAAUCUAUUCCUUUUGUGUUCUGUAUUUCGAGAAGAUGAAGAAAUUUUAAUUGAAAGUUUAGCUAGACAUGCCAUCGGAGGAGGCCUUUUUGGGGAAGUUUAUGGCAGCUACGAAGAAACCCGAAGACAAUUAGUUAUAUCCAAAAACAAACUCCUAGAUUCUUGUUUAUUGUUGGAGGCCGGUCAAAGGAGAGUGAAAAUGCACGACUUCGUUCGUGAUGCAGCCCAAUGGAUAGCGAAUAAAGAGAUUCAAACAAGAAAAGUGUAUGACAAAAAUCAAAAGGAAAUGAUUGAAAAGGAAAAAAAUAUUAAAUAUUUGCUAUGCGAAGGAGAGGCAAAGGAGAUAUUUUCUUGCAAGUUUGAUGGUUCCAAGGUUAAGAUUCUAAUUGUCAUCUUCUAUGUGCAUUUUGAUAUAGAAAUUAAAGUCCCAAAUUCAUUUUUUGAAAAUAAUAUCAGUCUUCGAGUUUUUAAUUUACGCAGUGGUGAUGGUUUGAGUGCUAUUAUAUCAUUACCUCAAUCAAUGCAACAAUUGAAGAAUAUCCGAUCUCUUAUGUUUGCACAGUGUGUUUUGGGUGACAUCUCUAUCUUUGGAAAGCUGCAAAGUCUUGAGGAACUUGAUUUGUAUCAAUGUGAAAUUAAUGAAUUGCCUAAUGGAAUUGCAGAACUAAAGAAAUUUGGAUUUUUGAAAUUGGAAUGGUGUUCAAUUGGUGGGAAUAAUCCAUUUGAAGUGAUUAAAAGAUGCUCAUCACUUCAAGAGUUGUACUUCAUAGAUAACUUUGAAUUUUCUUAUGGAGAAAUAACUUUUCCUAAAUUAUUGCAGAGGUUUCGUGUAAGUGACAGUGAAAUUAAUUCUUCACGAUCAAAGUAUGUGUCUAUUGAACGGAGGAAAGAGCUUUUCCUAUCUGAAACAACAUUUAAGUAUUGUAUGCAAGAAGCAGAGGUUCUUAGACUAACAAGAAUCGAGGGGGAAUGGAGAAAUAUCAUACCUGAUAUUGUUCAUAUGGAUCACGGUAUGAAUGAUCUAGUUGAGCUUGGCUUAUGUUCCAUGUCACAACUAAAGUUCCUCAUUAACACUAAGCAUCCUCAUUCUCAAGUAUCAAAUGUUUUCUCCAAGUUGGUUGUGUUACGUCUAACAGAAAUGGAAAAUUUGAAAGAGUUGUGUAAUGGUUCUCUUUCCGUUGACUCUUUUAAGAGUUUAGAGAGUCUCUCUAUAGAUAAUUGCAAACAGUUGGGAAGCUUAUCGGGGAUUGCAAACCAAUGCAAUCUAAGGAGCGUGUCAUUGAUGAGUUGUCCCAUGUUGAUCUCCCUAUUUGAAGUGUCAACUUCUCAUAAUCUAGUGUUGUUAGAGAAAUUAGAAGUAAUAGAUUGUGAGAAUCUUGAAUACUUAAUAAAAGAUGAAAGAAAUGGGGAAACAUUUGAAAGCAACAGUAGCAAUCCAAUGUUUAUGAAAUUGAAUGUUCUUGAAAUUCUGGGCUGUCCAAAAUUUGAAAUAAUAUUUCCGCUUAUCUCUGCUCAUGAUCUUCCUGCACUAAAAUCUAUCAAGGUGGAAAUAUGUGAUAAGUUAAAAUACAUAUUUGGUCAAUAUGUCGAACUUGGGUCCCUAGAAGAUAUGAAGCUUGGCUGUGUACCCAAUUUUAUUGACAUUUUUCCAGAAUGUAAUCGUACAAUGUCUUUCUUUGUUAAUAGGUCAUCUCCUAUUUCUAUAUCUGCUUCCAAGCCAACUACACACUCAAACACUAUCAAAUGCAGCAUCUUGUCAUGGACUGAUAGGUAUUGUUGUGGUAAAAAAUUGAGGAGUACCACAAGUUCUAAAAUUCCAUUGAUUGAUGAGAAUCAACCGCACAUCAAAUUAAUGAAAUCAAACUCAAAUUGUCUUAGCAUAAACAUUUGGGAGCUAUCUAAGAUCCUAUGCAAUGUUAAAAAGAUUGAGUUGACUGAUUUGAGGAAGAUAAAAUCAGUAUUUGUCCUAUCUUUUGCUCCAAUGUUGUUGGAAGUUUUGAUAAUUGAGAGAUGUCAUGAAUUGAAGCACAUAAUAAUAGACACGGGAGAUGAUGAUGAUAGUACUGGUGGAAAUAAUUAUGGCAAUGUCUUCCCAAAAUUAAAAAAGCUCGUUAUUGAUGAUUGCAUGCAAUUAGAGUGCAUAUUUGGACACUACAAUAACGAUCAUCCAAACCACACUGAAAGAAUAUUUUGUGUCAAUGAAGUAAAUGAACAACAAGUGAACUCAGGAUUGAAGAAUAUUUUGUGUCCGUUUGCAGGUCCCGAAAAUUCUUUUGCCCUCCUGAAUCUAACAAAGGUAAUAAUUAUUAGAUGUGAAAAAUUGCAAAUAAUUUUCCCUGCUUCUAUGUUAAGAUGCCUACCACAAUUGGAUGAGUUAAUCAUACGUGACUGUGAGGAGUUGAAACAUAUCUUCCAAGAUGAUUUGGAGUAUCAAAAUAUGUCGUCUUCAACAACAUGCUUCCCAAAGCUAAAAGCACUUGUUGUAGAAAAAUGCAACAAAUUGAAAUAUGUGUUUCCAGUCUCUAUUUGUGACCAACUUCCUGAGUUAAGGGUUCUAUUCAUAAUAGAAGCAAAAGAGUUAGAGAAUAUAUUUAAAAGUAGUGAAGGUGAGGGAAUUGAGAUUGUCAGGAUUCCAAAUUUGAAACUUGUAGUAACUUUGGGUCUACCAAGCCUCUUCCAGACACAGGAAAUUCAAUUUCAGAGAGCAAAAUAUCGUUUUAUAAAGAAUUGUGAUAAACUCUCUUUGACUUCAACAUCAACAGAGCUCAACCUCCAGCUCUUUUGGAGUAACUGUGCUGAUAUUCCAGAUUUUGAAUGGAGUUAUUAUUUGUACAAUCGAGUUCAAGAGUUAGUUACUGAGAUUGAAGUUGAAGCAGCAUCAAAAGAUGAGAUGACUUCUCCACAGAUGAAAGUAAAACAAACACAAGAGACAGACCAAGAACUUGUUUUUGAAAAUGUUGUUGGUCAAGUGACACCAUUAGUAGCAAUACUACCAACAAAUUCAGAAGCACCGAGGAAUGAACAAUCAGUUGAUCAACAAAGUCCACUUGAAGAAACUGAUGCUACUGUCACACCUUCACAGUUGGAGGGUUCAAUGUCUGAAAAAGCUGCGGGAACAAAGAAUGUGUCACCUAAACAACAAGGUAUUGAGAUAAGUGAUGAAGAAAAAACUACAUCAGCUAAUACAAAGAUAAUAACAUCAUCAACUCGUUUAGAAUCACAGGGUAUCAAGAUAAGUGUUGAACAAGGAGCUACAUCAACCAAUUCCAAGGAAAUAACAUCAUCAGGUCCAACAGUUACUUCUGAGCAUAAUAAUUCAUCACAGGCACCAAUUAAUGAACGAACAAUGGAUCAACAAAAUUCACUUGAAAAAACUGACACUACUGUUACACCUUCACCGGAGUUGAUAAAUGAACAAUCAACGACCCAACAACAAUCAUUUGGAGAAUCUCAAGCAACAAUUAAACCUUCUCAAGGAAACAAUGGUUCAUCGUCAGAAAAAAUAGCAGCAGCAACUUUAUCCCCCAUCUCUGAAACAAAGAAUGAGUCACCUAAACAAAAGAAGGAUAUCAAAAUAAGUGUUGAAGGAGGAGCUGCAUCAACUAAUGUUAAGACAUUAGCAGCAUCAACUUCUAAGCGUGAAAAACUUUCUCAUCAGGAUAUAGAGAUAAGUGGUGAACAAGGAACUACAUCAACCAAUUCCAAGGCAACAACAUUGUCAAUUCCAAUAGUUACUUCUGAGCAUAAUAGUUCAUUGUAUAUGGAAUAUGGUAAUGACCAAACACCCCUUCAAUCUUUUUCAAUUUCAACAAAAGAGCCACUUGCCAUGGAUGUUGUUGAUCAUGGAGGCCCACUGCAAACAAAUCAGAUUAUAAAUCUAGGGGACACUUCUCAAAUAGUAGAAGAUUCAGGUUCUUCUUUGCUUGUCAGGAGGGAGCUUGAGCAACUAGUCUCCGAGAAUCAUUUGAAUUAUGAAACCUUGUCUCUAUUGACCGAUUUUCUUGUGAAGCAUCCUUCUGUUCUUUUAAAGAACACUUUACUUACUAAUAGAUUAAAGGGUUAUGCAUACACCUGCCUUGCUGAUUUGUUGAAAUUCCUCCAAACACAUAGCGUGCUUGAUGUCUUAGGUUCAAGUCACUCCGAAUUUGUUAAAUUAGUACAAGAUGUGCGCACAUUUUCUUUUAACGAGGAGUGGCUGAAUAGUGUUGAAAAACGCGCUUUGUUUCCUGAUAUGCAAUUCUCUCGAGAUGCGAUGCAAAAACUUUUGGAUUCUAAGAAACAAGUUACCAAGGAAAUCGAAGAGAUGCGUUUGAAGUUGUAUUUUUUCAAUCAACAUGUGGAAGAUAUUAAGCAUCAAUUGACAUCCUCUGAAGCUAUUUUGGUGAGUAUCAUUCAACAAGAGGAACAAGUUUUAGAAACUACGGCAGCGCUAAGUGUUCCUCUUGGCUAUUAGUCUAUAUUUUGUUGCUGGAGCUUUUACACUUGAAUGAUGUUUAUUCUUUGUGUAGUUUAAUCUUUUCUCAUUUGACAUGAACUACGUAUUAUUCUACUUGAGUAUUUUAAGAUUGUUAUUAAUUGUUGUAUUUACGAUGAUGUAAUUUUUUCCCUUACUUCAAAACUUGGGUCUUAUUGGAUAACUUCUGUUACAAGCUGGUGUUAUUUUCCAAUUAAUGACAAUCUGUCUAAUUUAGGGGAGAAUAUGUUAUAAGUCAAUUUCCUUAUAAAUCUUUAAUAACAUACGUAAUUCUUUAAAACCUUCAUGGAGUAAUUCUUUAAAACCUUCUUUAGAUAGAUAGUGAGAAGAAACUAUCCACAU